CGGGGCUUUGACGCGUCGCGGUCGCGUUGUUAAUAAGUUGUAAGCGAAACCUCCACGAAAGGGACGAGACAACAACAAAGGCCAUCAUUACUUUGUAUAAACACCAGAAUUGUCUGAUUACAGAGCACAGGCUGUCGUCAAUUACGAUGACUAGGUUCUGUGUAUAAAAUGCAGUCACACAAGGAUGAUGGAUCAUCCCGCCGAGGCCAGCGGGACGAGAUUGACACCAUGCCUCGACCGACUCUUUCGCACGUACGUCAAACCAGCGAGCAUGAUUCUAAAGAUCGAGCACAUUUCUUGGAAGAUAAAACGAUAUGACUCUAGGAAAGUGAAAGAGGUUUCCAAUCUGCAUCAUACCUCUGCUUCACUAGUCACAACCACAACCACAAAUUCGAAAGCAAAGUACCUUCACCUAGUAGUCUCUGACGAUCAACUUCAAGUCCAGGCAAUCUUUGUCCCACCGUCAAACACUGGCAAGCAUCUCAGAUUACACAAAGGCGACAUUGUUGAGAUCAGGAAGUUCCAGGUCAGAAAGGCACCCCGCUUGAAUGGUCAAGGACAUGUGAUCUACUUGAGUGUGGACGAAUGUAAACGGGUCGGUCCAGAUAGAGAGAUCAAGGCAAUCGGCGAGGCAGAACUUGAGUUCGAGGGUGGAUUCCUCCGCGAGGACGUCGACGAGGCGAAUGACGAUGCAAUGCCGAUUGAUUCGGCAGAUGCUAGGAUUUACAGGAAGCCUUCACCGGUACGAUUGGCGGAAGCUUCACUUGACUUGGAUUUGCCUGGGAAACGAAGCCUGAGUAGUACCCUUGGACUAGCCACAGACGCCCGGUAUCAACCCAAGAGGAGACAUCUGCACCAGCGAUCGAAACCACCCAAGUACGACACAGGCUCUGACGAUGAAGUAGAUUCGUUUGAUACUUUGACAGUAUCACAAUCACAAAUUGAAAAUAGAAGGGAAGCACUCAGACGAAUCAGUCAGCAUUCACUUCCUCAUACACCAGGCCCUUCGAGUCUUUACUAUUACAGCGAAGUAGUCAGUGGCGACGAUGACGACGACGACGACCUGACUGAAGAGCCAUUUCUACGACCAGCCAAAGAGUAUGGAUCCCCAUCUGUCUAUGUCGACGAGGACAGAAAGUUGAAGGAGACAUACCUCGUGAAAGACCAUCAAUCAACUGCGGUGACAGAAUUCCGCCAUGGCUCUGCCUCGCUUCCAAUCCAUACACUCUCCUCUCUUCUGGAUUCGAAGUCCUCCUUACCAAGGACAUGCUCCGUCCUUGCCGUUGUGAGUUGGGUGUCGCCUUCGAUCAUUUUCAAGCCCAAUACACCAUACCCACCCAAACGGCACAUCAAGAUCCACGAUCCAUCCAUCAGUCACCGUCAGGCUGGUAUCACCGUGGCUGUGUUUGUGGAUGCAAAGGGCUUCCUGCCACCGAUUGGUACAAUCGGCCUACUCAGAGGUGUCGUCGUGCAUACUUUUGGUGAAGAAAUCAUUUUGAACAAGUAUGCCAGACACUCAAGCGCUUCCGACAGCACCAUGGGCACAUGUCCAGAUGAGCCUGAGGAUUGGUUCGUGACAGACCAAAGGACAUUGGACGAUCUUGGCUUUGACGUGACACCCUUACAGAUUUGGUGGAACGAAAGAGUGAAGAGAAAAGAGGGGUCAAAGUGAAUGAGAGCUGAUAUGUAUCAAUGACUUUGGCCUUGGGAAGUGACUUUACUAUCUGAGGAUCGAAUUCAUGGAAAUAUACUGCAAAAUGGUAUUGACUUACUCCCUGUUCACCUUUAGAGGUCCAAAUUACUCGUGAGUACCAACCCAUUUUCUAAGAAAC